AUGCCCCAGUUUUUGCUAGGAACGCAGGCCCAGGCACAAAUCGAGGAGUGGGAGGCCAGGGACCAGGAGCGAAACAGGCUGGACCUGCUCCAGCAGAAGUACGCGUUGCGAGCGACAGAGGCCGCCAAGCCGCGACGCGCUGCGCCCGCGCGGAAAAAGCCCAAGAUCAAGAGCUUGGGCGACCAGAUGUCGAAAAAACACGGGAAAAAAAACGAAAACGUCGCGAUCCUGCUGGCCCUGUCCGGGCGGAAGCGCAAGGCGAAGGACAUUAUACGGAACAUCGCGCAGAUCGAGAAAUCUGCGCCGGAGCAGCCGCCGCUGCCCCAGGACAUCAGUCUUGUGUACUCGCGGGAGGAGUGGAUCCAGGUGCGCGACGAGAUCCUGCGGAGUCUGCCGAAACUCUCCAAAAGCGCCAAAAUGACUCUGGAGCUGGUUUCUGCCAAGUACAACGAGCAGCCGGCCGCGAGGCAGCUGUGGCAGGAGUCCUCUGCGCCCCCGGUGGUGUUCAGCAGAGACGAGAUUUUGAGCCUAUACGACUUUGAGAGCGACGAGAAGACCUUUGUGGCGUCGCAGUCGGAGGACGAGGACCUGGUGGUGACGCUGUCGCAGGUGAUGCCGCGCGAGGAGCGGUCGGUGCCGUGCACGCCGGAGGAGGACUACCGCGACAGCGAGGUUUCGUGGACGACGUACGAGUCGCACGCCUCAGCGUCGCGGAAAGUCCAGCAGCAGCGCGAAGUGUACGAAGUGCUGGACGGAGCGGACGUUGGUGGCACGCAGCAGGACCCGAUCGAGCUGUCGAGCGAGACCGACGCGUCGGUCGUGGUGGUGGAGAGCUCGUCGGUGGGGGAGCCGGCCGAGCCGGACUUCGAGAGUUUCAGCACCCCCCAGCUGAAACUGCAAAUCCAGGCGUGGGGGCUCAAGCCGGCCAAGUCGCGCAAGCAGAUGGUGGACACACUGACCUCGUCGCUGCGGCUGAUUGACCGCCGGCAGCUGGUGCGGCACAAACAGGGCGUGUUGCAACUGAGCCAGGCGGACUUGGACAGAAACUACACGGAGCACGUGCGGAUGGAGGAGACGUUCCGCGAGGUGCGCAGCACCAUGUUCUCGCACGUCCGCGGGCUUCUAAAGGAAGACAAAACGCUAUACAGGGACAUCUUGCUAUUGAGGCCUAUCAACUUCAAGGACGUGAUGGCGUUGCUGGACGCAAAGGGGGUGCAGCUGGAGCCCCUCAGUGUGCGCGCCUGCCUGGACGAGAUGGGGGUCUCGUUUGUGGUGCGGGAUGACGGGGCGGCAACCGAGACGGCCGAGGAAACGGAGAGCUAA